AUGAAUAUUGUGGUGUGGAAUUGUAGGGGCGCUCUGAAGCCUAACUUUCAGAGUCAUGUUAGGGAGCUAGUUAGGUGUCAUAAUCCUGAUGUCUUGGUGGUCAUGGAAACCCGUAUUGGGGGUGAUAGAGCUAAGGAUAUUUCUGAUCGUCUUCCUUUUGAUAGUGUGAUUCAUACGGAGACAAUGGGUUUUGUUGGGGGUAUUUGGCUCAUGUGGAAUGCUGACAGAGUGGAGGUUGUUCAACUUGCCAAAACAGAACAAGAGAUACACGUUGAAGUAAAGGUACUCCUCUUUAACCUGUCUUGGAUUUUUACUACUGUUUAUGCUAGUCCUAGAUAUGAUGAAAGACAAGUUUUGUGGGAAAACCUCUCGAAGGUUGCUGACCUUCAUAAUAAACCUUGGAUCAUUGCCGAGGAUUUUAACGAACCUCUUGCAGAGGAAGAUAAGUUUGGGGGUAGACCGGUUAGCAUUAACAGAUCUCUGCUUUUCAAAGAAUGCCUUGAUAAGUGUAAUAUGGUGGAUAUGGGUUUUAAUGGUCCAAAAUAUACUUGGACAAAUAGAAGGGAGAUUCAUAGCCUUAUUCAAGAGAGAAUAGACAGAUUCUUCAUGAAUCCCAGUUGGUGUUUGUUAUACCCAGAUGCAAAAGUGUCCCACUUAACGAGAUGCCACUCGGAUCACUAUCCCGUGUUAAUGGAAACCAAUCCCAGAAGGCCUAUGCAGCUGAAUAGGCUUUUUAAAUUCCAAUCCUUUUGGCUAUCCGAUCCUUCAUUUCCUAGUGUUGUGAAGCAGGCUUGGGGUCAACAAAGGGAUCUUAGGGAAGCAAUUGAUUUAUUUUCCAAUCAAGCUAAUUUGUGGAACAAGAAUCACUUUGGGAAUAUCUUUCAUAAAAAGAAGAGAAUUAUGGCUCAGUUGGAUGGGGUUCAAAGGGCUAUGGCCCUUCAGCCUUUCUCUUCUUUAGUAACUCUGGAAAAUCAUCUACUGAAGGAGCUAGACGUGGUGUUGGAGCAAGAAAAAGAUCUCUGGGCCCUUAAGUCUAGAAUUAAUUGGAUGAUUUUGGGGGAUAGAAACACAUCCUUUUUUCAUGUUUCAACGCUUGCUCGUAGGAAAAUGAAUCUUAUUACUGCUAUCAAGAAUGAGGUGGGAGAUUGGUUGACUAAGGAAAGGGAAGUUGCAAGUCACAUCAGAGAAGGGUUCAUGAAGCUUUAUACAACAUCCUAG